UUCAAAUAUUUAUAAACAGCAGAGGAGACCCUUCAAUUCUACAUCCCAACGCAGGCUCUGUGACCUUUCAAAUUCUCUUCAAAUCCUUCAACAGAAAAAUAAAAAAAAUUCUUUUCAAGGGUUUGGAGCUAGCCAUGGCUUUGGCUGUGGAGAAGAGAGUCGUGGCUAUGUUGUUGGUCAUGUUAGGUGCGAUGCAGGUGUCCAUUGCAGCUGUGUACAAGGUUGGAGACUCUGCUGGUUGGACCACCAUUGGCAAUGUUGACUACAAGGCGUGGGCUGCUACUAAGACCUUUCAAGUUGGAGAUAUCAUUCAUUUUCAGUACAGUCCUCAGUUCCACAAUGUGAUGCAAGUCACACACGCCGAGUACAGGUCUUGUAAUACAACUGCCCCCAUCUCUACUCACACCACCGGCAAUGACUCCAUCACCAUCACCACUCGUGGUCACCACUACUUCCUCUGUGGUGUCCCUGGUCACUGCCAAAUUGGACAGAAGGUUGACAUCAACGUGCCUCGCAUUUCUUCAAUGGCUCCAACUCCUUCAGCAUUGUCCAAUUCUUCGGUUCCUUCUGCCACAGUUCCCGCGCCUUCCCCUAGCGCUGCUGCUCCAUUCUCUGCUUUAAAGGGUCCCCUUGCUAAGGUUGGAUUCGCCAUUGCAGUUUUUGCAGCUUCUGCUUCUAUUUUUGCUUAAUCAGGCGAAAGUUUUUGGUUUUUUUGUGAGUGUAUUAUGUUAAUUGGAAUUUCCUGGGUGAAUUAUUGAAGCGGUUCAAGUACAGAUCGUGCAAAUAUUCAGAUAUAGGCAUAUGUAUUUUGUAUUAGAAAAUUAUUUCAAUAAUUUAUCACAUUUCAUGCACUUUGUUUGUGAUUGGAGUGAGUUUGAUUAGAAGAGCACAUCUGUUUUGUUUCUUUUGGACUGAACUACCAAAAAAGCAAAUUUAACAAAUAAUCCAAAAUCUGUUCCUUGUC